GUGUGAGGAGAAAACUCACUCUUUGUUAUUUGGGUAUGACCAUUUGAUCAGCCAUGGAUGGAGAGGAGCUGCAUGCUUUUUUAUCGUCAUCAACAGCGGCUGCGGACAAACCCAUAGAAUCAUCAAUGAGAGGAGAAAAUAACUUCACAAAUGGACCCAAAUCAUCUGAAGUCAUAUGGUCAGACGCUGCGUGUCCACAAGGUGAAAGGUCACUGUCCGAGGACCAGCAUGUCACUGAGAGUAUGAGCAUCACCUCCACCGAUCAGGAGAAGCUGCUGCUCCUCAACAAGAACACAGAGCUCCGUAGAGUCAACAAAGAGCUAAUGAAGCUGAACGAGGAGUGGGACCAGAUGUACCGUGGAACCACGCAGAGGCUGCAACACAGGCUGGUGACUUUGGAGCAGGAAAACACCACCCUCAAAGACCUAAACAGCAAACUGCUGCUUAAAGCAGAGAACCAGAAGAGUGCAAAGUCCUACUACGAGCAGGCAUUCAUGCUGGAGUUGAAGAAGAACCAAGAACUCCAAGAAUAUAUCAGACUGCAGGAGAGCAGAAUAGACCAGCAACCCAUCCAAAAGUGCAACGUCCGGGCAAACAACCCCGAUCCCUCAUCUUCAAGCUCCCCCUCAACGUACGUGCCCCCAGCGUCUUCCAGGCUGGAUGUGCUGCUGCAGGGCAAACACCCCAAUCGCGGCCCCCAGCAAGAGGGGCAGGAUCUAAAAGACGGGUGUCUGAUGGAGAACAACCACAAAUACGCCCUGCAGGACAACCGCCGACUGAGAAGGAAGAGAGAGGAGAUGCGCCAACAAGUGGAACUACUGAAAGAGCAGCUCAAAGUGUAUGAGGAAGACUUCCGACGUGAGCGCUCUGACAAACAGAUGCUGCAGAGGCUGCUGUUGAAAAAAACACCUGCUAACUGGGAACCGGCGAGAGUGCAUCGCUGCAAUAACUAAUUGCAGCCACAAGAGGGAGACAAAUGGCCGCCCUACGAAGCGAGAAUGAAGUAGCGCCACCCUCUCUUUUCUCCAGCAUCCAAACGGGAAUAUACACUGGUGGCACUCACUCAUUUUUUGCAUUUAUUAUUUAUCAAACUCAAGUAAGAUUAAAAGAUAACGAAAACAUAUUUUUCACACAUGAAUGAACACUUUUAUAUCCUGCUAUAUGCUAACUUUGUUGUCUGAAUGUA